UCUCUCCACAGCAGCUCUGCAAAGAAGCUCCACAGCUACCAGACCCACUCUGAAGAUGAGUCCCUCUGUCAGCCUGCUGCUGCUGCUCGGCCUCUCUCAGGCUCAUCCUCUCAUGGAGGAAAGAGGAGGAGGAGAGAGCCAGGUGGAGGAAGACCACACCAUCGAUAUCACCACCAGGAUUCUGACCGCAAACAACGGCAGCAAUGAGAUCCUGCUGGAAGGAGACAUCCUGCUUCCAAAGAGCAGAAAUGCCAUUAAAUGCCAGAGUUACCAGAGCUGCCUGUGGCAGAAAGACAACAACGGCCUGGUGACGAUUCCCUUCACCAUCAGCAGCGAGUACAGCAGCGGGGAAAGAACAGCCUUCUCCAUCAAUGGCAGGGAAACCAUCACCCCCAUCCCCAACCCCAACGUCCAGAUUGGCCAGAGGCAGGGCAUGUCCUCCUGGGACAUCAAGAGGAUCAACCUGCUAACAGCCUUCUCCAUCAAUGGCAGGGAAACCAUCACCCCCAUCCCCAACCCCAACGUCCAGAUUGGCCAGAGGCAGGGCAUGUCCUCCUGGGACAUCAGGAGGAUCAACCUGCUGUACGGCUGCUGA